AUGGCCUUGGCAGGCAGCAGCUACACCACCAUCUCCUUCUUACCUUCUUCCUACCUUGUUUCCUCUCUCAUUGCCAUUAUCUUUGUUUUGGGGGCUUUUAAUCAUUUACCCCUUUACUAUUUAUUUAUUUUCUUCUUUCUUCUUUUCCUAUGGGAUUCUAUCUCUACAACUCAUUCCUUUAGCAUAUCUUCUUCUUCUUCUUCUUCUUCUUCUUCUUCUUUGUUAACAACAUCAUGGGAGCCUGUCUCUCCACCACCAAAGUUAUUGGCUCAAGCAGCAACGCCGCCGCCCACCACCGCAAACAUCAACCCUCUGCCACCACUGUAACGGUCAAUGAGAAGAAAGAGUCUCGAAAGCCAAAUAAUCAACAGGGUCAGCGGCAGCAGGUGAGGAGUUCUCAGCCUUUAAAGGUCAAAGGGAAGCCAAGUUCGACCAGACAAACCGGGAUCAUACCCUGCGGGAAGCGUACUGAUUUUGGGUAUCAUAAAGAUUUUGAUCAGCGAUACACCAUUGGGAAAUUGUUGGGACAUGGACAAUUUGGUUACACCUAUGUUGCCAUCGACAAGGCAAAUGGGGAUCGUGUUGCUGUUAAGAAAAUUGAUAAAAAUAAGAUGGUUCUUCCAAUGGCUGUUGAGGAUGUCAAGCGAGAGGUUAAAAUAUUGGAAGCCUUGAAAGGGCAUGAGAAUGUGGUUCAGUUUUAUAAUGCGUUUGAGGAUGAUUCUUAUGUAUACAUUGUUAUGGAGUUAUGUGAGGGUGGAGAGUUGCUGGACCGGAUAUUGGCUAAAAAAGACAGUCGUUAUAGUGAAAAAGACGCAGCAGUUGUUGUACGGCAGAUGCUCAAGGUUGCCGCUGAGUGUCAUUUGCAUGGCUUGGUGCAUCGUGACAUGAAACCUGAGAAUUUCCUAUUUAAGUCAACCAGAGAGGACUCACUGCUUAAGGCUACGGAUUUUGGCUUGUCAGACUUUAUCAGACCCGGGAAGAGGUUUCAUGAUAUUGUAGGCAGUGCCUACUAUGUUGCUCCUGAGGUGUUAAAGAGAAGGUCAGGGCCUGAAUCAGAUGUCUGGAGUAUUGGUGUAAUUACCUACAUUUUGCUUUGUGGCAAGCGGCCCUUUUGGGAUAAGACCGAGGAUGGCAUAUUUAAGGAGGUUUUGAAGAAGAAGCCUGAUUUUCGUCGUAAGCCAUGGCCAACAAUUAGUAAUGGUGCUAAAGAUUUUGUGAAGAAGUUAUUGGUGAAGGAUCCCCAUGCCAGACUGACAGCUGCUCAGGCCCUAUCACACCGGUGGGUUAGAGAAGGAGGAAAUGCGUCUGAUAUUCCUGUUGAUAUUUCUGUCCUUAACAACCUGCGACAAUUUGUGAAGUAUAGUCGAUUGAAGCAAUUUGCUCUGAGGGCAUUAGCUAGCACACUUAAUGAAGAAGAGAUAGCUGAUCUUCGGGAUCAGUUUGAUGCAAUUGAUGUGGAUAAGAAUGGUUCUAUUAGUCUUGAAGAGAUGAGACAGGCCCUCGCUAAAGAUCUUCCUUGGAAGAUGAAGGAACCACGUGUCCUUGAGAUUCUUCAAGCGAUUGAUAGCAACACAGAUGGGCUUGUUGAUUUCAAGGAGUUUGUUGCAGCAGCUCUACAUGUGAAUCAAAUGGAAGAACAUGAUUCUGAUAAAUGGCAGAUGCUUUCGCAAGCUGCUUUUGAGAAAUUUGAUGUAGAUAGAGAUGGGUUUAUAACUCCAGAGGAACUUAGAAUGCACACGGGCUUAAGAGGUUCCAUUGACCCUUUGCUUGAGGAGGCUGACAUUGAUAAAGAUGGAAAAAUAAGCCUUUCAGAAUUCCGCCGACUUCUACGAACUGCAAGCAUCAGUUCACGGAAUGUACCUUGUUCAUCUGAUCAGCGGAAUUCUCGGAAGUUAUAGGUUAUAAUAGAAGUUUACGAGGGUUGAUCAGUGGAGAGACAAAAAGAGAGCAAGGAGAAUAUAGAGGAUUUUCCCAGAUUUUGUGCUUGCUUGUAUCCGUACCAGAUCCCAAGCAUGACUCCAUAUACCUGUCUUCAUCAGCAUGCUAGAGAAGGUUUUUAAACUCGAGUUUUGUUGGAUGGAAUCUGCAAGGUGUUGAUAGUAAGAGUUGAUGUUGGUAGUGGUAGCGAGAUAGCUGCAGGUAUAUGGUCAUACUGUGUAUAUUUCUUUAGUUGGGUAGUUGUUUGUACCCUCCCAAUUUGUAACAUGCGACUCCUGUCAUUUAUCAAUGAAUAUAUGCUGCAUUCGAAAUUCGCUCA